AUGGCCUACGGAAACAUCAACUUUCUCCAAGGUUCCAAAUUCAAAAUCCACAAUGUGGUCAUGGCGGUGUUGUUGGUGUGGGUUUUCGUGAUAGGAGGAAGUAUCUUCUAUUACUCAUCUAGUGCACUAGAAACAGCCUCUAUAGUCACCACAGACUCCAUGGCUGAUUCAAAGGAGGACACAACGAGCGCAGUCGAGGGUCCUAAUCCUCUGCACGGGUUGGAAGCAAAGCCGGAAUUUGAUUUAGCUAGAAAGAUAGCCUACAUCUCUCGCCACGAUGGAACUACUGCCGACUUCAAAUACAUGGUAAAGAACCUUCAGCUUGAGAAAGUGGACUUUUACAACUCCAAUUCGUGGUACGAUUUUGCAGAAAGCAAAGCGAAAUAUACCACUUUGAUUGAAAAAGGAGAAAGGGACAGACUCUGCUCGGAGUACGAUGCUAUUUUCGUUUCCGAUUCCUUGGCUGACGGAUGGCCUUUGCUCAUGGGAGAUCACAAGUGUAAGAAUGUUUAUUUUGUUGUAACCAACAGGUUUGAUGUUGGGGUUCAUCAUGGGGAGAGAAACGACUUCUAUGAAGAUGUCAAAAGGGCUUUGAACAGAAAAGAUGGCUACGAUUUGAAGUUGGUUGUCAAUAAUCUCUUUGAGAUUCCAUAUAUGGAAAGCAAGGGAGUGAUUGUUCCAAAUAAGGACAAGAUUCCGGUCAUUCGUCCAUUUGGAACUACAUCGGUUCCAGUCAACGAAGAUGCAGCUGACGAGGAGCCUUGUCUUAUAUUCGGAAACAAAGACCAGGAUAAAGUACUCAUGCAUCAAUUGGUGAAAGACAAUACUGGCUUUGAGUGCAAGACGAUGGCUGGGUUUUAUGGGGGUCCCAAAUCUUUAAGCAAAUACAACUCUUUCGUGGUUCAUUUGCCCUAUCAAGUUUCCAUAAUGAAAAUGUGGGAGAAUCUUAAUUACGGAACUUUAAUGGCUAUUCCAAGCCCACAGUUCUUUACUAACAUCUGCGAUGAGAACAAGUGUGGGCAGACACAAAAUGUUUUCGAAACAAAGAAGGUGUUUGAUGAUAGUACCUGGCACGAGUAUGUUGAUUUUUACUUGCCUGGAUGGGAGAAGUGCUUCCUACAGUUUGACAACUGGGAUCACUUAAAGGAGAUCAUCGAGAAGCGAACAUUCAUUAAGAAUAUCAACAUCUGUCGUGAUAAGAUGUUAGAUAUGAGAGAUGAAAAACUCAAUCAGUGGAAGGAGUUGUUAAUGAACCUCCAGUAA